AUAUUUUAUUUACCCACUAAAUAUUUAAAUAAAAUAUUGUUCUCGUACUGUACAGUGUACACGCCGAAAAGGGAAACAUAGGAAAAACAAAAGGAGAGUAUAUUGGAGAAAACGAAAGUUGCGGCGAAUCGAAAUCAGUCCAUUCACUCUCACUCGCACAGCCAUUGCCCGCUGCUCGCUGUGCUUUUUUCCUCUGCAAAGCAACAACUUCACUCUUGGUUGGGAUGGAGAAAAAGGAGGAUGCAGAGGUUGAGCCAAGUAGUGUGAUAGAUCAAGCUUUUCUCCCUAUUAUUGACUCAGCAGGAGUAUCCGCUUCUGCUGCUGCUCCAGCUCCUGCAUCUAGCCUUGCUAGAGCUGCCUCACAAGAUAAAGAGAAAGACAAGGAAGCUUUAAAGGACCUUUCUGGUUUUAUAUUUUUGUGCAGCGGACUGACGAAGCUCGAUUGUUUCAGAUUUCAUGUUUUUGGGCUUCGUGCAAAUAAAAAGGAAAUUGUAGAAAAGAUUAAACCUGGAACAAAGCUCUUCCUCUUUGAUUUUGAGUUGAAGCUCUUGUAUGGUGUGUAUGAGGCAACAUCCACUGGAAAAUUAGAUAUGGAAUCACAUGCUUUUGGAGGAAAAUUUCCAUCACAGGUGAAGUUUCAAAUUUAUAAGGAAUGUCUUCCCCUACAAGAAUCUUCUUUCAGACAUGCUAUAAAGGACAAUUAUCAUGGCAGAAAGUUUGAACCUGAACUAAAUGGUCAUCAAGUGAGGAAUGUAUUAUCCUUAUUUUGCCCCUUGACUGCAUCAGCAACAACUGUGUCCCAUCCAUGUACACCGUCUUUGGCUAAUGUUGAUGUGCCAAGUAUUAUGUCUAGCUUGGGUGUGGAAGAUCAGGUUAAGAUGCUGCCGUAUCCUCAGGAGGAUGUCCUUUCUGGUUUUAUAUUUUUGUGUGGUGGAAGUACAAAACAUGAUUGUUACAGAUUCCGUGUUUUUGGGCUCCCGUCAUACAAAAAGGAAAGGGUAGAAAAGAUUAAGCCAGGAACUAAGCUUUUCCUGUUUGAUGUCGAGUUGAAGCUUCUGUAUGGUGUAUAUGAGGCAACAUCCACUGGAAUUAUAGACGUGGAACCACUUGCUUUUGGAGGCAAAUUUCCAGCUCAGGUGAAAUUUCGAAUUUUUAAGGAGUGUCUUCCCCUGCCAGAACCUUCUUUCAGACACACAAUAAAGGACAAUUACCGUGGCAACAAGUUUGAACCAGAACUAAAUGAUCGACAGGUGAGGAAUUUAUUGUCUUUAUUUCGUCCCCUGGCUGCAUCAGCAACAGCAGCAGUGCCGCCCCAUCCACUUGCAGAAGGGAACCAGUUUUUUGCUAAUAAUUACAUGCCAAAGAUUACACCCGCUUUGGCUAAGGAAGAUCGGAUUAAGGUGCUUUCUUGUCCCCAGGAAAAAGCAGGUUCAUUUGCCAAUUUUCCACCACCAAAUACAACUCCUGCUUUGUAUACGGAACAUCAAGUUAAGUAUUCCUCGAGGCCCACUUAUGUGGAGCAUCCAUAUAUGAUUGGAAUGCAGCACGUUCAUCCUCCUCCCUUGGAGUCUCAGCGAGUCUAUGAACUCCAAAGUGCUCAGCAUGGAUGGGCUAGAACCACGAACUUCGUGGAUACUGCUCAUACGGUUGCUGAGCGUAAACAAUUGACUGCUCCUAGUCAUGCAUAUUCUUGUCAACCAUGUGUCACUCAAGGCAUUUCCGCUGACAUACAGGACCCAUAUCUCAGCUAUAGACCAAUGCAAGACGGUGUCCCAUCGCAGCCGCAUCUCAUGGAGCAAACUGACCGGAAUUAUCAAUUUUACUCGGGGGUAGAGCGAGGAAUGCUGCCACCUCAGGAGAAUAUUGUUACUCACAACUACUCCUCUGGCCCUUCAGCUCCUUAUGUUCCUCCAGUUCAGCAGCAAUAUGCUUCAGAAGCUGUAAUGCAACAAGGGACGUCUUCCAUGUCAUUUGAGCGCUCACUUAUAAGGCGUUUUGGGCCGGUAGCAGCAGCCAUGGGAAAUUGCUGCUCCGACGAGAACAGGGGUGGACAUUCGGCGGUCGGCGGCGGCACCGGUGCUCACGUGGCAAAUCAAAACAACGGCCAUAACGAAGCCGUCGGUGCUGUUCUCAAGUCUCGUGGUUACCAAGGCCUAUACACGCAUGUCGAGCUAUCUCUAUCUGCUACCGAUUUGCGUGAUCGUGAUGUACUUUCCAAGAGCGACCCUAUGGUAGUCAUUUAUUCAAAAGGAAGAGAUGGUUCAUUGCAAGAGCUUGGCCGUACUGAAGUAGUUCCAAACUCAUUGAAUCCCAAGUGGAUUACAAAGUAUACUAUUGUCUAUCAUUUUGAGACAGUGCAGAAUUUGGUGUUCCAUGUCCUUGAUGUUGACACUCAAUUUCAUAAUCACGAUAUAAAGAUGCUUAAACUGGAGGAGCAGGACUUUCUUGGCGAGGCUAGUUGCACAUUAUCUCAGAUUGUCACAAAGUCAAAUGGGUCCCUGACCUUAGACCUUAUACGUGGAGAACAAUCUUCUGGUCCAACGCAUGCCCAAAAGUCGGGUAAGCUUACUGUUUGUGCUGAAGAAAGUGUUGCCUCAAAGACUACUGUUGAGUUGAAAUUGAGAUGUUCAGAAUUGGUGUCCAAGGAUUUGUUCUCAAAAAGCGAUCCAUUUUUGGUGAUAUCAAAAUCUACUGAGAGUGGAAUGAUGGUUCCAAUUUGCAAAACAGAAGUUAUAAAAGAUGAUCAUAGUCCAAAUUGGAAACCAAUUUCCUUGACUAUUCAACAAGUUGGAAGUAAGGACAGUCCAUUGACUAUUGAGUGUUAUGACUUCGAUUCAAACGGAAAGCAUGAUUUAAUUGGCAAGGUUCAGAAAUCACUAACAGAUUUAGAAGUGUUGCAUUCGACUGGUUCGAGCGCAAAUCUUUUCAUACCAGCUGCUGUGGGACAAAAUUCGCAAAACAAGGUCCUAAAGAGCCAGCUUUUUGUGGAAUGCUUUUUCGAGAAAACGCAGCAUACAUUCCUCGAUUACUUGGCAUGGGGUUAUGAAAUUAACUUCAUGGUGGCCAUCGACUUUACUGCUUCUAAUGGAAAUCCACGCUUACCUGAUUCAUUGCAUUAUAUCGAUCCAUCAGGAAGGCCGAAUGAUUAUCAGAGAGCAAUCUUGGAUUCUGGAGAAGUAUUGCAGUUCUACGAUAGAGACCGAUGUUAUCCUGCUUGGGGUUUCGGAGCGCGGCCAAUUGAUGGCCCUGUUUCUCACUGCUUCAAUCUAAAUGGCAGCAGUGACUACAGUGAGGUGGAAGGAAUCCAGGGUAUCAUGACGGCAUACAUGAGUGCGCUUUAUAAUGUUUCUCUUGCAGGACCAACGAUAUUUGGACCAGUUGUUACGUCAGCAGCAAAUAUUGCAAAUCAGUCUUUGAUGAAGGGCGAGCGGAAGUACUUUGUUUUGUUAAUAAUCACGGACGGAGUGAUAACUGAUCUCCAAGAAACAAUGGAUGCCCUUGUUCAUGCUGCGGAUAUGCCAUUGUCAAUUCUUAUUGUCGGGGUGGGAGGAGCUGAUUUCAAGGAAAUGGAGAUUUUAGAUGCUGAUAAACAGAGGCUAGAAUCAACACGGGGACGUGUUUCAGUCCGUGACAUAGUCCAAUUUGUUCCCUUCCGGGAUGUACAAGGCGGAGACUCGGUCCUUCAAGCACUUUUAGCAGAACUACCUUCACAGUUUUUGGAAUACAUGCGGCUGAAGAGGAUCCGGCCAACUUGAUGAACAUACAAGAAUUGUACAUACAAAUGCUGGUUCGUGUAUUCCCUUGUUAAAAUCGACAUUUCAAAGCUUGUUUCCCAAUGCUGUCAAAAGUUUUGUUGUUGCAUGUCUCCUUUUGUCUUUUCUUUGGUAUUUCCCACAAACUUGUACUUAAUUAUAUUUCUUCAUAAUCAUGUUUAUUUAUUUUGUUGAUAAAAAUUCAAAUGAAGCUCGUCGCGUUGGUACCGGAUUUGAGUAAA